AUGGCUGCCGACUUCAAACUCGACCUACUCUCCAAAAAUGUCUGGGCUAUCACCGAAUUGGACGAUCGUAACUAUUUCCCAAUUAACUACUUGAUUGUGGGCACUGAAAAAGCAUUACUAAUCGACACCGGAUGUGGGUUCAGCAACAUUUACCUAUAUGUAAAGCGACUGGAUCAAACCGGUGGAAAUUGGCGAUUCUCAACCACCGGAAAAUAUGGCCUUGCCCAAAGGGUCGAAGCCCUAGCCGCGUCGGCUCGGAACAAAAAUUAUACCCGCUUGAUGGACUCGACGCAUCAAUGGGAGACAAAGACCUACAAAGUGACGCGCUGGAUAGAGGAUAAGGAGGAAAUAUUCUUGGGUGAUCAUCGUUUGCCGGAAAAUCGGGUCCAGGUUUUAUGGACACCAGGCCACACACCAGAUAGUAUCACUCUUUGGUAUGAUCACGGAGGACGAUUUUUCAUCGGCGACCUUUUUAACCGAUUCGAAGACAUCAAAUUUGUAUAUGAACAUUGUAACGUUAGACAAGCCGAAGCAUCAAUACGAAGAAUGUUAGAAUUCGUUAAAAACAAACGUCCUCGUGAGUUGCGCUACAGCCCAUGCCGCUCGGAAAACGACGGAGCGUGCUGGCCUUCAUUUAAACAUUACCACAAAUUUUUCAUGGGAAUUCUGGCCGGUUCACAGCCUGGGACCGCUCUACGCAUUGAUGACGAGGAGGGGUGGAGAUUUGAGUCGCGUGAUAAGUCCAUUAAAGUAGUCUUAUCGAGGGAUAUUUUUCAGAAAUUGAUGGAAGCUCGCAAACAGCUGCAGCAAGAUGAGAAAAGU